CCCAUCCUGCCCUGCGCUCGCGCACAUUACGCCAGAGCAAGAUGGCCGACACGGCGGCCACUGCCGGGGCCGGUGGCUCCGGAACGAGAUCAGGAAGUAAACAGUCCACUAAUCCUGCUGAUAACUACCAUCUGGCCCGGAGGCGAACCCUUCAGGUGGUCGUGAGCUCCUUGUUGACAGAGGCAGGGUUUGAGAGUGCCGAGAAAGCAUCUGUGGAAACAUUGACAGAGAUGUUGCAGAGCUACAUUUCAGAAAUUGGGAGGAGCGCCAAGUCCUACUGUGAGCACACAGCCCGGACCCAGCCCACACUGUCAGAUAUUGUGGUCACGCUGGUUGAGAUGGGUUUCAACGUGGACACUCUCCCUGCCUAUGCAAAACGGUCUCAGAGGAUGGUCAUCACUGCCCCUCCAGUGACCAAUCAACCAGUGACCCCCAAGGCCCUCACUGCGGGGCAGAACCGACCCCACCCGCCGCACAUCCCCAGCCAUUUUCCCGAGUUCCCUGACCCUCACACCUACAUCAAAACUCCGACGUACCGCGAGCCCGUGUCAGACUACCAGGUCCUACGGGAGAAGGCUGCGUCCCAGAGACGAGACGUGGAGCGGGCACUCACCCGUUUUAUGGCAAAGACAGGCGAGACCCAGAGUCUCUUCAAAGACGACGUCAGCACGUUUCCAUUGAUCGCUGCCAGGCCUUUCACCAUCCCCUACCUGACAGCCCUCCUUCCUUCGGAGCUGGAGAUGCAACAGAUGGAAGAGACAGAUUCCUCGGAGCAGGAUGAGCAGACAGACACCGAGAACCUCCCUCUGCACAUCAGCACGAUUAAAGAAACAACAGCAUGUCAGUACGCUGACGGGAAUGAUCUGGUAGAGAGGAAAAGUGGAUGCAGGAAAGAAGGAAACAUUUUGGAGUGAUGUCCUUUGGUAGGUGAGAGGGUAAGGGACCUAGGGGACGAGGCGCGGUGGCAGGGUUGGCCUGGUUACGGGCAUUUCGUUUCCAGGGGAGGAGAUGAGAGUGCGUGGGCACAGAGACCAAGGCAGGUGAGAUGUGGUCCUCCGAGCUUGUGGGUGUUCUCAUCUGGUUAGCCGUGUGCUGUGCUCUGCACAUAAGAGGCUGAGACCCCACUCGUGUUCCUGCAUGUUUGCGAGAAAGAGCCAAGUAGAGCCAAAGAAGGGCUAGGAGCUCAAAUGCCUUUAAGGCCUGCGGGACCCUGUGGUCAGCCUACCAUAGUCACAUCCAUCCUUUAAGACUGGCCCUGGCUUCGGAGCAAAGGAUGCCUUGGCGGUUGUCGUUGGACCAGGCAUUCCCCGUGCUAAGAUUCCGUGAGGCCUGUGGCAGCCAGCAGCUCCAGAAUGCAGGGGAAAGGUGCCUACGCUCUCUCUGUGAUGUGCCGAUGGGCCUCCUUGCUUGGACACACGUUUCUUUAAUGUUGGAUUAUUCCUUUCAGAAUUAGGGCUGGAAGCCCAUGGCUUUACAUAAAGCAGAGGAACUUGAUAUUCUACACUUCUGUCUUGGACUCAGUUAAUUUGGUCUGAGAUAUGGUGAUGGGGUCAUGGACUCAAAUGAGGUUCACCCUAGGAGAAGGAGGAAUCUUCUAAGCAGACAUCACCAUCCUUUUGUAAGUACAAAGCAGUUAAAAGGGCCCGCAGAUGUGUUAUCUGACCCCCCCAGGUCAUGACAUAGACGAGGUCAUGGCAGUGAGUGGACCGGGGCUGAAAGAAUGCUGGGAGCUGCCCGUGGACUGCAGGGUGGCCGAGAGGUCAAGUCAGACAGCAAAGACUGGCCUGCCUUCAAAUCCAGACCGCACUGCUUUCCAGAGACUGUGACUUUGGUUGCCUUACCUAACGUGAGUCUGUUUCCUCACAAGUUCAAGCAGGAAUAGGAACACCUAACUCAGCAAUGAACGUCAGGUGUCCAGCAGCUCAGCUCACGGCACUCGCUGCUUCCCUCACCACCUACCCCGCCCCCACUGUUUUAGGCUGUACAAACACUUGCUCUUCUGUUAAAAGUAAAUACGUGAAUAAGAAGACCCCAAGGAGAGGAUUCUAGCAACAGUUUAUACACAAUCGAUUGGACUUGUCAGUGUUACUUUGUUGAACUGGCGCCCAUAAUCCUAUGUUUGAAAAUUCACGAUGUAGAAAAAAAUGUUUGGUAAAAAUUUCUUUAUGCCAUCCGUGUUCCCUGUUCAUCCACCCUCUCUCCUACAAAGCUGCCAGUGUCACCAGCCUUGUGUAUCCUUCUAGAGACAUAGUCUCCUCAUUGUUAUCAACACAAAUAGCAAACCAUGAACGGUUUUCCCUUCCUGUUUGCCCUUAUCGCUGUAUCUCGGUGAUCAUUCCAUCUGUGUACAGCAGGUUGUUUCUUUAUGGCUUCACAUAUUCCAUUGAAUGGAUGUAACCAUCGAAUUUAACCAGCUCCCUAUACACAUCUAUGUUUUCCGUCAAUAGCGUUUGCAGACAUUGUUACAGUGCAUUAAAUAGCUAGUAUUGUAAGUUAUUCUUUUACGUGUCAAGGGUGGCACUUCCUUCAAAGACUGUUGCCAGGGAGUUGCUUCCUUUAACCUGGUUCUGGUUUUUCCCAUCUGCUUGAACAUAAAGGGACUGUUCAUUUUAAAUUAGUGUAUAAGAGAAUUUUCUUUUCUUGUACGUUUGAACUAGCGGCCUUCUGCCGACGCCAGAUACCAGCGUCUCAACUUUUGCUCUUUUACGAACAAUGUGCCAUUCAUUUACUCAACAAGUAUUUGCUUAGUGCGGGUGUGUGCCCGAUACUGUUGUGGGUGCUUGGGGGACCUCAGCCAACAGAGCAAACAAAACAUCUGCCUUUUGGAAGCCCGUGGGUCGGCAGUGGGGCGACAACAAUAAACGUAAUAUAUAAAUAAAUCAUUUACUGUAUAUUAAAGAUGAAGCUGCUAUUGUUGGCGCAAGGGGACCAAGUAGGGAAAGAUCCAGGGUGAAAGAUGGAAGUUUCAGCUUUAAAUAGCGUGAUCAGGGUGGACAUCACUGAGGACACAUCUGACAGGAGACUUGAAGGAAGUGAGCAAGUGAGCCCUGUAAAUAUCUGGGGAAGAGUGUUCUGGAAAGGGAGCAGCCAGUGCAAAGGCCCUAAGGAACAACACAGAGGUGAGUGUGGCUGUGGCCGCGGCUGAGGGAGGCAGAGGGAGAGAGGCAGAGGUCAGACCAGGUAGGACCCCGCAGGCAGCUUUAAGAGCUGGUCUUUAAUUGGGUGAGACGGGAGUGGUGGGAGGGUGUGCAACAGGCAAGGGACAUGUCUGACUUCCCUAGGGAUCGCUGACUAUGGGGAGGUCAGUUAGGAUGCUGCUGCAGUGGUCUUAGAGAAAGAGUGUGGGUCCAGCAGGGCAGCUGCAGUAGAGAGGGUGGUGGUAGUCAGCCUGUACUUUGAAGGUAAGGCCAACAAGUUAUCCUAACAGAUUGGAUGUGCGGGGGGUCUGAGAAAAGCAAGGAUGACUGGAGUUUUGGCUUGAACAACUAGAAGGAUGGAGUCGCCAUGGAGGACUGUGGGAGGACCGGGCAUAGGGGAAGGGCCGGAGUUCAGUUUCUGGCACAGAAGUUUGAGGUGCGUCCUUGACACCGGGUGGAGAUGUCGAGGGAGCAGGUGGCUACGCCAGCCUGGGGGUCAGGAGAGCAGCGAGGGCAGAGAGGCCCACGUGGCAGUUGCUGGCGUGGACACGGCGUUGGAAGGCGAGAGGCACCUCGGUCACCCCCAGGACGUGUGGGGCUCACCGGAGCUCACGUGCUCUGGCCUCCGCAGGCUCCUGAGGGACUCUUCCGCUCCUACCUUUUUUAAGCAAAUCUCAGUUUGGUACUUUACUUUUAUCUACUCCUGUCCCUCCCUAUCUCAAGGCUGCCUGUCCCUGAAGGAGGCAAGAAAGUGGCAUUUCCAGCUCUACUUGGGAGAAGAGAAGCUGUUGUCCCAUGACUCGGGACCCACAUCCUGGCCUUGUGAGACAAGUGAGCCGCAUGGAGAGGGCCUAGUGGCCUCCAGCAGAGGUCCCCAGGGCUGGCUUUUCCACGCCCGUGACUCUCCCCUUCCAUCCAUAUUAUCUCAGGAAACACUUUAAGGCAGCGUUGAAGUGAACUUUCAGCAACUUUGAGGAUAGAGCGGUUGCAGUAAAGAGAAGACAGUAGCGAAGUAAAUCAAGCCGUUCAGAACUUCAGAAAGAUUGGGAGCCAAACAUCCCAGGCAGGUCUGGUCAUGGUCAGACCUUGUGUCCAGCAUGAGCUAGGUUGACCUUGGAGCACUCGCUUUCAAGAGAGCCUCCAGAAGGUCCACAGUGGCUCUAGGUCACCUUGUGGUCCCACCAGACCAGGUGUUGGAGAGGGAAAGCCCAGGGACCCUGAUUGGAACUGGGUCUUCGGGGAGAACAGAAUUGGCGGGACAGUGAGGGGUGAGCAGCCGAACCUAGAAGUGAGCCAUUUUCUUCAGACUCACUAAACCUGGACAGGAGUCCCUGUCCUAGGCCUCCUGCCCCUUGUGGGACAGCCUGCUGUUCCUUUUAUCCAAUCGCAGCGUCCUCUACCCUGCUGUCUCCUGACAACAGAAUUUCCUGGUUGAGGUCAGGCCCUCUUUUUGCCUCCGUUACCUGACAGGAACCUCAGCGGCAGAACCCUUGGCCUGUCACCAGGGGGCGCAGCCCCACCAACUUCUUCUGGUCACUUACAGUCUCUCAGGCCUGAGUUCUAGGUUAUGCCCUCGGUAUGGUUGUGUGAUUUUUCUCCCCCUUCCCCUACAGCCUGUGCUCAUUUUAAAGAACUUGGAAAAUAGAAGAGCGUAUAAAUAAGGAAAAAGAGAAGCAAUCAUCCAUAUUCCUAGAACCAGUUUCAAAUGUUUCAACCUAUUUUUUCUAUGUCUACACACAUUACAAAUAAAAUGUUUUAAUUGGGAUCAUGUUGGAUACAUGUAAACCUAUAAACUUUUCUCCCAGAUCGCUUUCCUCAAAAAGCAAACAGCGAAAGACCUGACCCACAGGUCACUGAUGGGGAUUAUCGUUGCUCUUCCCGUGUUGGUUCCUGCAUAUGCCCUGCUUUGCCUGGGCCGGAACCCUCAGGGCUCAAGAAGUUUCUGGCCUCUGCUGCAAUAUGAUCAUUGGUACCUGUUGCAGGUACCAGACAUUUGAGAAUAUGGAGGAAAUUGAUCAUGAUUUUCAUUCCGUUUGGUCCGGGCGAUUCCCUAUGCACAUGAUUUGUUCUGGCCCUGUGUCCUGCAAAGCAUCAGGGGUCACUUAUCUUUGUCUUUAUCUCCCCACAGACUGGGUUUCCUCCUUGAGCAUCUAACUGUUAGCCCCUGACUCCCUGCCAAGACUCUAUUCUAACUCAUGUCCCUGUCUUCUCGAGAGGCUCAGAGUUUUGUGUUCUGUGCUCCCCUGUGUCCAGGCGGUUGGUCUCGUCUUCCUCUGAUAGCCGGCCCCUGCCUGGGCCUCAUCUCAUCUGGGGCAGGGAUAGGUGCAUUAGCAAGAAAGUGGUCCCUGGGCUUCUAAUUGCUUGACGAAAGGGAUGCUAAUAGUAGUUCUUACGAUGGGCAUGAUCUCUUUCCUUAUGCCAUUGGUAUUUUGCUUUAUUUCGGCUUUUGC